AUGACUGUGCCUACAGUCGUCGGACAUUAUGAAACACCUCUCUUAUCUCAGAAUGAAGAGAGAACUCAACGAACUCAACUUCUCGCAGAAAAUGAAAAUAUGAAAAAUGAUAAGAACUCUCAAAUAACAUGGAGUACAUCCGUUAGUGUGGAUGAUGGGGAUAAACUAUACUUGCAGGACUUUACAACAUUAUCAUCAUCAGUAUUAGUUGAACCCAAUUUGGAAGAUCAUUUUUCUAUAAAUUUUGGAUCCAAAGAGAUAACAAGAUUUAAUUCAUAUUUAGAUUGUAUGGUACAUUUCAUUAGAAGUUUAACUGUACAAUUGUUAUUGAUAUCAUUAAUUACGCUUAAUUGUAUAUUCGUCUUAUAUGGAUAUUUCUCUGAUGUUGGUCAAUUAAUUCCCUUCAAUGUUAUUUUAGCUUUUAUUGUUCUCGUAGGAGAUCUUUUGAUUCUCAUCAGGGAUAGACAAUAUCACUUUAAUCCUCCUUGUAAUCGGAAACAAAUUAUUAUUGCUGAUUUUUGCUUAUUUCUUUCCUUUCUAUUGGAGUUGAUCACUUUAACGGUAUGGUGGGUAACGAAAGAUGUACUGGUGAUUCUCACUGGAUUCCCAGCGGCUGUACUUUUAUAUUAUCCGCAAUUUAGAUGCUUCACAUUGGCUCUUCGUCAUUUUGUUUCUGCAGAUCGUCGUCGUUAUUGUGCGAAUGGAUUUGAUUUGGAUCUCACAUUUAUUGAUUCCACCGUAGUGGCCACCUCAUGGCCUGCAAGUAAGUUUGAGAGUUUAUUUAGAAAUCCUGCAAGGGAGGUGGAGAAUUUACUAGAUAUUAAAUAUGGUAUUCAUGCCUAUCAUGUAUUUAACCUUUGUGCGGAGAGAAAUUACGAUAAUCCAGCACUCUUUCACGGGGAUGUCUCGCGUUAUCCAAUGGAUGAUCAUAAUCCAGCAGAAUUGGAAAUGAUGAUAAACUUUGUAUUGGAAGCAACUGCAUUUAUACAAAGAGAUCCAAGAAAUCAAUGUAUAGUGGUUCAUUGCAAAGGUGGUAAAGGGCGAACAGGUACAAUGGUGUGUGCGUAUCUUAUCUAUACAGGAAUGAAAAGAACAGCAGAUGAGGCUUUAGAGUACUUUGGCUCUAUGCGAACCGCUAAAGGUGGAAAGUUUCAAGGUGUACAAACCCCUUCACAGGAACGUUAUGUUCGUUAUUUUGCUCAAUUAAUUUCAAGUAGAACUCCAAAUGUAGGGUUAACGGUAAAAUCUCAAACAAAACGAAUUACACAAUUUAUGCUGUUAAAUAUUCCAUCAUUUUGGUGGAAAGGUGGUAUUGGAAAGUUAUGGUUUGUUAUUAUUUUAAAACCAUGUACAGAGAGACGUGUCGUAUAUAUUUCAAACCCUAAUGUUAAUUUUAACGUUCAUUCACCUAUCUGUUCAUCUACAGAAGUAUGGAAUCAGUUACGUGAUGUUUAUAUACAAAGUGAGGAUUCUCUCUAUAGUGAUGCACAAAAUAUAAAUUCAGAAGAAAAUGUUUGUUCCUAUUACGAUACAUUUACCGUUAAUCUUUCUCAUACAGAAAUGAGUUCUGCGGAAUUUGAUAAUCAAUAUAUUAAUUCUAAUGUCGUAAAUAAUAUUGAUUUAAAAGUAUCAUUGAAUGUCCCUCAGUUGGAAAGACUACCACCUCUUACAGGUGAUGUAGUGAUAAAGUUUUAUUAUUUAAAAAAGAAUGUUACUUCUAUUGAAGCCCCAGUGCAGUUGUGGUUCCAUACAUCUAUGGAGGGUGAUCAACUUUAUUUUGACAAAUCAAAGUUGGAUGGACCGCAUAAAGAUACAAAAGGAAAACGAUACCCAAGUGACUUUGCAGUGAUGAUAAACUUGCAGAAUGAAUUUGACUCAAAUGAAUAG